GGGCCCGGGGGACGGCACUUUGUUCAGGAUGCCGCCUCCUUCUCGUCGUGGAGUCGGAGCCCGCGGCCGCCCUAGUGAGAGGCUGGAGGCCGGAGCACGCAGUGCCGGCUGAGACUCGCCGCAGGAGCCGGCUGGGCCCCAGGAAGCCCCGGGAAACUUUCUGAUCGCGCGGAGAGGACGCCCGGCACUGCGCUGCUCGGGCGAUGCACGACUCCGCGCGGCGGCGGCGGCGCGAACCCAGAACCCGGGACCAGAGGCGCUCCGAGUCUACCAAACCUGGCGGUAGGAUAGAGAGCCGGCCAAGUCUGCAGAUGGUUUAAAGCGGAGGAAGGAACUGGGACGGACCUCAGUGGAUCCUAGUGCUGCCCUACCUCUGUCGCUGACCAUGAAUGGGAUGGCCAACGUGAAUUCUGCCAGCCGCUCAUACUAUGCCUCCUCCAUCCCUGUGCCUCGAGCUUCCUCACAGACCAGGAUUCACACCCCGGGCACGUCUCCUCAGCUUCGGCCUCGUCAGGCUGACUUGGCCCUGAGCCCUCAGCGAGCUGUCUCCCCAAGACCGGGCAAGGCUGCAGUUUCUUCCAGAAACUCCUCCCCCAAGGCCUAUAGAGGAAGAGGCACCCCCAGGGCUGCAGGGCCAGCCAGGGAGCUAGCUGAGAGUGUGGAAAGCCUCCCUAGUUCCCCCUGGAGCAGCCCCAGGGUAACCCCCAAAAGAGCCCUCUCCAGUCAGACAGGAUCCAGAAGAGCAGGGGAGACACAAAGCACUCAGAGGAAGAGGACCCAGGAAGGAAUCUCAGUUCGCCAGACCAGGGGAAGAAGCCCACCCCAGGCAAGCUGUCAUGGAGAAACUCAAAUUCCAGGGCCUCCUGAAGGUCGAAUGCUUCCUAGCUGCCACGAAAAAGAUCAAAGAGACAAAAAUUACAAACCCCCUAGGUCUCUGGAGCCUGAUGAAGGAGCUGCUUCAGGAACUUCCUCUCCAGUCUGCAGCCCUGUGCAGAGCAAGAGGCCCUCUCCUACUCAGGGGGCCAUUAGCUUUUCCUCCGCCCAUCAGCAGAGCCAGCCAAUCACAGCCACGGUGGCCCCCUUUCAGUACAGGUUGCAGACAGACCAGGAGCCUGGCCCCGUUCCUCAGGAAAGCUGGGCCCUUGAUGGAUAUACCAGCCUCCCUGGCAGGACUGAGGACAGCUUUUCCUGCAUGGACGCGCGGAUCGUCCAUGCGCUCCUGGCAGGCAGAAUGCUGGGCAGCAGCGUCAAGAGCGUGCAGCCCGAGGUGGAGCUGAGCGGCGGCAGCGGCAGCGGCGGCGACGAGGGCGCGGACGAGCCUCGGGGAGCCAGCAGAAAGGCGACCGCGGCGGACGGCAGAGGCAUGCUGCCCAAGCGCGCCAAGGCGGCCGGCGGCAGUGGCAGUAUGGCCAAGGCCAGCGCAGCGGAGCUGAAGGUCUUCAAGUCCGGCAGCGUGGACAGCCGUGUCCCCGGUGGGCCGCCGGCCUCCAACCUGCGCAAACAGAAGUCGCUCACCAACCUCUCGUUUCUCACGGACUCCGAGAAAAAGCUGCAGCUGUAUGAGCCUGAGUGGAGCGAUGAUAUGGCCAAGGCACCCAAGGGUUUGGGCAAAUUGGGGCCCAAGGGCCGCGAGGCCCCUCUAAUGUCUAAGACACUGUCCAAAUCAGAGCAUUCGCUCUUCCAGCCCAAAGGCGGCCCUACGGGCGGCGCCAAGACCCCACUGGCUCCACUAGCGCCCAGCCUAGGCAAACCUAGCCGGAUUCCUCGCGGACCCUAUGCGGAGGUCAAGCCUCUCAGCAAGGCGCCUGAGGCAGCGGUGAGCGACGAUGGCAAAUCGGAUGAUGAGCUGCUUUCCAGCAAGGCUAAGGCGCAAAAGGGCUCAGGGACCGUGCCCUCAGCCAAGGGCCAGGAGGAGCGGGCCUUUCUUAAGGUGGACCCCGAGCUGGUGGUGACCGUGCUGGGCGACCUGGAGCAGCUACUCUUCAGCCAGAUGCUGGAUCCGGAGUCACAGAGAAAGAGGACAGUACAGAAUGUUCUGGAUCUUCGACAGAACCUGGAAGAAACCAUGUCCAGCCUUCGAGGCUCCCAGGUGACGCACAGCUCCCUGGAGAUGACUUGUUAUGACAGCGAUGAUGCCAACCCUCGAAGUGUAUCCAGCCUCUCCAACCGCUCCUCUCCUCUCUCCUGGCGCUAUGGCCAGUCCAGUCCCCGGCUGCAGGCUGGCGAUGCACCCUCUGUUGGGGGGAGCUGCCGCUCCGAGGGUCCACCAGCCUGGUACAUGCACGGGGAACGGGCACACUACUCCCACACGAUGCCUAUGCGGAGCCCUAGCAAGCUCAGCCACAUCUCCCGCCUGGAGUUGGUGGAGUCCCUGGACUCUGAUGAGGUGGAUCUCAAGUCCGGCUACAUGAGUGACAGUGACCUCAUGGGCAAGACGAUGACGGAGGAUGACGACAUCACAACAGGCUGGGAUGAGAGCAGCUCCAUCAGCAGUGGGCUCAGCGAUGCCUCAGACAACCUCAGCUCGGAAGAGUUCAAUGCCAGCUCCUCGCUCAACUCCCUCCCGACUACUCCCACUGCUUCCCGCAGGGGCUCUACAAUAGUGCUACGCACAGACUCAGAGAAGCGCUCUCUGGCAGAAAGUGGGCUGAACUGGUUUAGUGAAUCAGAGGAGAAGGCCCCCAAAAAACUGGAGUACGACAGUGGCAGCCUGAAGAUGGAACCUGGGACUUCAAAGUGGCGGAGAGAGCGGCCAGAAAGUUGUGAUGACUCAUCCAAGGGUGGAGAACUGAAAAAGCCCAUCAGCCUGGGACACCCAGGGUCCCUGAAGAAGGGCAAGACCCCACCAGUGGCUGUCACCUCUCCCAUCACUCAUACAGCCCAGAGCGCCCUCAAAGUUGCAGGCAAGCCUGAAGGCAAAGCUACAGACAAGGGCAAGCUCACAGUGAAGAACACUGGGUUACAGCGCUCCUCUUCUGAUGCUGGCCGGGACCGCCUGAGUGAUGCUAAGAAGCCCCCAUCAGGCAUUGCUCGCCCCUCUACUUCAGGAUCCUUUGGCUAUAAGAAGCCUCCCCCUGCUACUGGCACAGCUACUGUCAUGCAGACAGGUGGCUCAGCCACCCUCAGCAAGAUCCAGAAAUCCUCAGGCAUCCCUGUCAAGCCAGUAAAUGGGCGAAAGACGAGUUUAGAUGUGUCCAACAGCGCAGAGCCGGGAUUUCUGGCUCCUGGAGCGCGGUCCAACAUCCAGUAUCGCAGCCUGCCCAGGCCAGCCAAGUCCAGUUCAAUGAGUGUGACUGGUGGGCGAGGUGGACCUCGCCCGGUUAGCAGCAGCAUUGACCCCAGUCUCCUCAGCACCAAGCAGGGAGGCCUUACACCCUCCAGACUGAAGGAACCUUCCAAGGUUGCCAGUGGCCGGACCACGCCAGCUCCUGUCAAUCAGACAGAUCGGGAAAAGGAAAAGGCCAAAGCCAAGGCUGUGGCCUUGGACCCGGACAACAUCUCCUUGAAGAGCAUUGGCUCUCCAGAAAGCACUCCUAAGAACCAAGCAAGUCACCCUGCAGCCACCAAGUUAGCAGAGCUGCCACCAACCCCUCUCAGGGCCACAGCUAAAAGCUUUGUCAAGCCACCCUCACUAGCCAAUCUAGACAAGGUCAACUCCAACAGUUUGGAUCUGCCAUCUUCCAGCGACACCCAUGCUUCAAAGGUCCCAGAUGUGCAUGCUACAAGCUCAUCAACUGGGGGCCCUCUCCCUUCUUGCUUCACCCCCAGUCCAGCACCCAUCCUCAAUAUUAACUCAGCCAGCUUCUCCCAGGGCCUGGAGCUAAUGAGUGGCUUCAGUGUCCCAAAGGAGACCCGCAUGUACCCCAAACUCUCAGGCCUGCACAGGAGCAUGGAGUCCCUCCAGAUGCCGAUGAGCCUGCCCAGUGCCUUCCCCAGCAGCUCUCCCGUCCCCACCCCACCUGCUGCCCCCGCUGCCCCAUCAGAGGAAGAGACCGAAGAGCUGCCCUGGAGUGGAAGCCCCAGAGCUGGGCAAUUGGACAGCAGUCAGCGGGAUCGGAACACUCUACCCAAGAAAGGACUCAGGUACCAGCUUCAGUCCCAGGAGGAGACCAAGGAGAGGCGGCACUCCCACACCAUCGGUGGACUUCCCGAAUCCGACGACCAGGCAGAGCUGCCAUCUCCCCCUGCACUCUCCAUGUCCUUGAGUGCAAAGGGCCAGCUUACCAACAUAGUGAGUCCCACUGCGGCCACCACGCCAAGAAUCACCCGCUCCAACAGCAUCCCCACCCACGAGGCGGCCUUCGAGCUGUACAGCGGCUCCCAAAUGGGGAGCACCCUGUCCCUGGCCGAGAGAUCCAAGGGAAUGAUUCGGUCAGGAUCCUUCCGCGACCCCACGGAUGAUGUUCAUGGUUCGGUGCUGUCUCUGGCCUCCAGUGCCUCCUCCACCUACUCCUCAGCUGAGGAGAGGAUGCAAUCUGAGCAAAUUCGGAAGCUCCGUAGGGAACUGGAGUCAUCCCAGGAAAAAGUGGCCACGCUGACAUCUCAGCUCUCUGCCAAUGCUAACCUGGUGGCUGCGUUCGAGCAAAGCCUAGUGAAUAUGACAUCCCGCUUGCGACACCUGGCAGAGACAGCUGAGGAAAAGGACACGGAGCUGCUGGACUUGCGAGAAACUAUAGACUUCCUGAAGAAAAAGAAUUCGGAGGCCCAGGCGGUCAUUCAGGGAGCACUGAAUGCCUCAGAAGCCACACCCAAAGAACUCCGGAUCAAGAGACAGAAUUCCUCGGAUAGCAUCUCCAGCCUCAACAGCAUCACCAGCCAUUCCAGCAUCGGCAGCAGCAAGGACGCUGAUGCCAAGAAGAAGAAGAAGAAAAGCUGGGUUUAUGAGCUUCGGAGUUCCUUCAACAAAGCCUUCAGCAUUAAAAAGGGUCCCAAGUCAGCCUCCUCGUACUCUGAUAUUGAGGAGAUUGCCACACCUGACUCCUCAGCCCCAUCAUCCCCCAAACUACAGCAUGGCUCCACGGAGACUGCAUCCCCCUCUAUCAAGUCCAACUCAUCCUCUGUGGGCACUGAGGUCACUGAGGCCCCUGCCCAUUCAGUCCCUCACACAAGACUGUUCCAAGCCAAUGAGGAGGAGGAGCCGGAGAAGAAGGAGGUAUCAGAGCUGCGCUCUGAAUUAUGGGAGAAAGAAAUGAAGCUUACGGAUAUCCGGUUGGAGGCCCUAAACUCUGCCCACCAGCUAGACCAGCUUCGAGAGACCAUGCACAAUAUGCAGCUGGAGGUGGACCUCCUGAAAGCAGAGAAUGACCGGCUGAAGGUUGCCCCCGGCCCCUCCUCAGGCUCCACUCCAGGGCAGGUCCCUGGAUCCUCUGCUCUCUCGUCCCCUCGCCGUUCCCUGGGCCUUGCUCUCAGCCAUCCCUUCAGUCCCAGUCUCGCAGAUACAGACCUGUCACCCAUGGAUGGCAUCAGCACCUGUGGUCCAAAGGAAGAAGUGACCCUCCGGGUGGUGGUGCGGAUGCCGCCCCAGCACAUCAUCAAAGGGGACUUAAAGCAGCAGGAGUUCUUCUUGGGAUGCAGCAAAGUCAGUGGCAAGGUGGACUGGAAGAUGCUGGAUGAAGCUGUCUUCCAGGUGUUCAAGGACUACAUUUCUAAAAUGGACCCAGCUUCCACCUUGGGACUAAGCACCGAGUCCAUACAUGGCUAUAGCCUCAGCCACGUGAAACGAGUGUUGGAUGCUGAGCCUCCAGAGAUGCCGCCUUGCCGCCGAGGGGUCAAUAACAUAUCCGUCUCCCUCAAAGGUCUGAAGGAGAAGUGUGUCGACAGCCUGGUGUUUGAGACACUCAUCCCCAAGCCCAUGAUGCAGCACUACAUAAGCCUCCUGCUCAAGCACCGGCGCCUCGUGCUCUCCGGCCCCAGUGGCACCGGCAAGACCUACUUGACCAAUCGGCUGGCUGAGUAUCUGGUGGAGCGCUCGGGCCGCGAGGUCACUGAUGGCAUCGUCAGCACUUUUAACAUGCACCAGCAAUCUUGCAAGGAUCUGCAACUGUACCUCUCCAACCUGGCCAACCAGAUAGACCGGGAAACAGGAAUUGGGGAUGUGCCCUUGGUGAUCCUAUUGGAUGACCUGAGUGAAGCAGGCUCCAUCAGUGAGCUAGUUAAUGGGGCCCUUACCUGCAAGUAUCACAAAUGUCCCUAUAUCAUAGGUACAACCAAUCAGCCUGUAAAAAUGACACCCAACCAUGGCUUGCACUUGAGCUUCAGGAUGCUGACCUUCUCUAACAACGUGGAGCCAGCCAAUGGCUUUCUGGUCCGCUACCUGCGGAGGAAGUUGGUAGAGUCAGACAGUGACAUCAAUGCUAACAAGGAAGAGCUGCUCCGGGUGCUGGACUGGGUGCCCAAGCUGUGGUAUCACCUCCACACCUUCCUGGAGAAGCACAGCACCUCGGACUUCCUCAUUGGCCCUUGCUUCUUUCUGUCCUGUCCCAUUGGCAUCGAGGACUUCCGGACCUGGUUCAUUGACUUGUGGAACAAUUCCAUCAUUCCUUAUCUGCAAGAAGGAGCCAAGGAUGGGAUCAAGGUACAUGGACAGAAAGCUGCUUGGGAAGACCCAGUGGAGUGGGUCCGGGACACCCUUCCCUGGCCAUCAGCCCAACAAGACCAAUCAAAGCUAUACCACUUGCCCCCACCCUCUGUGGGUCCUCACAGCAUUGCCUCACCUCCAGAGGACCGGACAGUCAAAGACAGCACCCCAAGCUCCCUGGACUCAGACCCUCUGAUGGCCAUGCUGCUGAAACUUCAAGAGGCUGCCAACUAUAUUGAAUCACCGGAUCGAGAGACUAUCCUGGACCCCAACCUCCAGGCAACACUCUGAGGGUCGAGCAGUCGCUGUUGCCCUGGACAGCAGAAGGCUGGCUUCAGCUUCAGUAGCUCUCCUCUCCCUCUUCUUUCAGAGCUCCGGCUCACCAGCCUCACCGGGACAGGAGGGAAGAAGAGGGCAAGAGGAGGGAUGGGUUCUCGGUGCUGAACCUUUGAGAACUUCCUAAUAGGGAUUGGAGGGGUGCAGUUUGGGAACUCGUGCCCCCUAAAUACAUUUACUGGCCUCCUCUUAUGAUUUUGGAGAAAAGAUGAUUCUGGGUCUUUUCUUCAAUUUUUUGUUUCAGCUAUAAACUCCUGGGCUUUCUGGGGAGGGAUUCAGAGGGUAUCACAAAAACUGCAGCAGUUGCUAGCUGGUUCUCAUGAACACCUCUGAAACAGUCGCCUACGGGGAAAUCUAAGGGAGGCAGGAAACUCCACAGAUUUUCUUGCAAACUCUUCCCAAUUCUAUCACCACUGCCAACAACCUUCCCCCCCCCCCCCAGAGAUCUGGCCAGAGCCCAGAAAAAAGAAGCAUGUGGUUUAACAAAAAAAAAAACAAACAAAAAAAUGUGUAAAUCAACCUAUAAGAAGUCAAAAGGCGAUGGAAAAGAUGAAGCUGGAAAGAGGGGACCCAGUUGCCAAGAUGGAAAGAGAGCUGCCAGAUCUCGCCUUUGGGAUGACAAUAGGGGACAUUGACAAGAUGACUUGCAAUCUAAGAUACCACCAAACUACAAAAAUAACAUCACAGCCUUCAGAGAGACUAUGAGCUGCCUUUCUGCCCUCUAGCUGAACAUGCAUGAAAGUCAAUAAACCCUACUUUUUUAAUUUUUAAUUUUAUUUCUAUCUUUUUCCCUUCCAUUUGCCUAUUUAUUUGCCCCAUCUCCCCAAUUUUGUCACAUGUUAAUGAGAUACUUGGGUUUUCUUCCAGGGGAUAUUUUUGCUUUCCAUGUGGGUUUUCUUUGGAGAAUUGAAUUCCAUACUAUUGGUAUAAGUUAGAUUCCUGCCAUGCCACUAUCUCUGGCAUCCUUGGGGCUUAUAUGCGACAAGAACAUUGGCUCAGAAUGGUAGGAGAAAAAGAACCCAGUUUCUUUGACUUUCCUUUUGAGCAAGUACAUGUCCUACCUGGAAGCUCAACUGCCAUUGUCUGGCAUGAUAGGUUUACCCUGAGCUUCAUUGUGGACUGGAGGAAAACCAAAAUACUGGAAACACCCACCUGUCUUAGGGCCUGUUUGGCCCCUCACUGCACUAUUUGGAUGGUAGCCACUUUGCCUGACUGAAUGAAAAUUCCCUAGCUAGCCCUUACUACUUGUUUUUGACAGGUGAAUAGUCACUUAUAAGAAACUGAACAACUGUGUGAACCGCUUCAGAUCAGAACAGAAGGCUCAAGGAGUUGGACUCGGUGGCCAAUAUUUGCCUUCCAAAGAGGUCCACCUCUAGCAGAAGUUGCCCUCUUCAUAGUUCUGUCAUUCACAUUCCUUCCUUUGACAAGCAUUUAUGAGUACUUAACUGUAUACCAGUCACUAUGUUUAAGAAAAGACAAGACUUGGUCCUUAAGUUCAUAGUCUAGUGGGGGAUGUUAAUCUCAAUUAAGUACCCACUCUUAUCUGGACCUUGCAGAUCAUCUAAGAAACAGACAAACCCCAAGGUGUCAGUUAAAAGAAGCCUGUGAUGAGAGGUUCAAUCUGUCGUGGGCAGAAGAUCAAGGAUCAUAAGAUUGAGCCUGAAGAACUAUGGAAUCUUUCCUGACUGGAGUGAGAAAAUCUACUGUCAUUUUGGAAACCUGAUAGAACCAGAUUCCAGGCUGAGCUGCCUUAUGGGCUAUUAUGUCAGCACACUGCAGUUCAGGGAUGUAUACAAUGAGCCUGAACCUAAGAGUUUGUUCUUCAGAGUCCUAAGUAGCACAAGACUUAUCAGGAUCUAUACCAAGAUUCUAUAGGCAAGCUAACUUGGGCCAUUAUUCCACCCAACCGAGGAGUCAUGUGACUCUUAACAAUAUAUUUUCAUUUAUGUCCUCAAGAUGGUCUAGCUUGUCCCUUUUCUCCCUCCUCCCCCACAAAAGCUUCUAUGUUCACCUGGUAGUCCCAGGGAUGACAGGGUCCUCUAUUCUGGAGACUGUUAUUGCUAUUGCUGCUAAUUCCAUGAGCUGUGAAGAUCCCCAUCCAACUCAGCUGCAAAAUAUGCAAUUCCAUAGUGGGAAGAGGCUGUUUGUCCAAGGAUGGUGCUGAAAUCACUGCCUUAAGGUCUCUGCUGUGCAGAAUGAGAAGGCCCCAGAAUUGGGUGUUCCAACUUAGAAGGAAGGGGAGACUGGAUAGGCCUACUUUGGACAUAGGUCUCUUCUGAACCCUAGCCAAAGCUCCAGUGCCAUGGCAAGGCUCAGACUUUUGCUGACAUCCUCAUGCUUGAGCCCUUCACUCUCUUUUCUGGUGCUGCCCAGCCAGUGCCUUCUGAAAAUGGAUGUUACUGGCUACUUUAAGAAGAAGGGAAGUAGGAAAUGCCUUCUUCCAUCCCAACUGCCUCCGACUGCAGAGGGGUUGCCUCUGUGGUAACCAUGGAUACCAUCGUGAAUUUCAUUUGGGUCUGCAGCAAGUUGACUCUGGAGGCCUCUCAUACUAUAACUUCAUUUCUAGUCCUGGGAUCCACCACCACCUUCUCUCAGUUGACUGCUGCAUUUAGUUCAGGCCUCCGAUGGCUGCCCUCCAGGAAGUAUGUUCCCAUCUAGGGAAGUGCUCUUGAAGCCUCUACUUUCCUUCUGGAGACUGGGACCCUGUUUACAGUUGCACAUCUGGGCCCCUCACAGUUGGAUCAACCAUCUCAAAAAGGAAUCAUGGUUCUGUGGCAAUUUCAGAAGGUUGAGCCUCCUCGUGGUGCUAAUAACCCCUUGGGAUGCUCAUCCAGACUUCUAAGAAGCAAAAAGCCUGAGCAUCCACUCACUGCCCAAGAAUUCCUGGCAAAGAGCAAACCCACAGCAUUCUUUCCAAUCUACACACUUGCUUCUUGGUUGAGGCUACUGGGACUCCUCAGAAAGGGAAAAAUGGGACCCACAGCUAAAUUCUCAAUCUCCAGGCACCUUCAGAAGAAGCCAACCUAUCUAAUUCUGGAAUUUGUGCUAUCCCCUUUCCCUCUGACCCCCAGUUCCAUCCCUCACCAAAGUUGGUUAGUGAAGGACAUUUGGAGGGCCUCCGCUCCAGGAGAGAGGUUAACUAGAACCCCGUGAAUUUGGGGAUGAAGACCAGUAAGUUGUGUUCAAUGUGUUCGUUUCUCAGUCCCUACCUAGGCACUAAAAUAAAAUACUAGGUAUUGGAGGCUGUUAUGGGACCUGAUGUCUGUGUAUCUCUCUGUUCUAUCUUCUGGGGCUUUGUGGAACAUUUUUAUUUUUGAUAUCUGCUUUCUGGUAACUCUUUGGUGCUUAUUUCUGUCUCUGUAAAUCCUUACUCCGAUGUCUUUUGUGUAGUCUAAUCACUUGGAAGGUAGAGGCUGGCAGGGAAGAAGAAUGAGGAAAAAGACCAUGGAAAGACCCUACAAGAAAGCCUUUAUUGGUUGGUAAACAUUUGGGUCUUGAAUUACCAACUUUCUAACUAGUCUGUCCAUACUGAUGGGCAUAAGACAAAAUAAUGAUUUUCUCCCCUUUUCUUUUUUCUUUUUCUUUCUUUUCUUUUUUCUUUUUCUUUCUUUUUUCUUUUUUCUUUUUUUUUUUUUUGUCUUCUGGCUUUUCUAGUUUGCAAGAGUUUAAGUGGACUUAACCUACCCAUCUCCUUACUUGUAGCUCUCAAAGAUCAGCCACGCUAUGCAGAGGGAAAACACCCCCUUCUAGUACUCUGAAGAUGAACUCUGUUUCCUGUCAUAUUCCAGAAAAGUAGGGAAAGAAGUGGUAGGUUUUCACAGCACCACCCAUCAUCACCCCAGAUGGAACCCCGUUCUCAGCACCCAGCAUGUGCACGGGUCACACUUGCCUGAUCAAAUGAAAUUGAUCUUAUAAACCAGGAUCCAAAAGACAUUCAUGAUUUUUUUUAUGACAAAAGGGUUUGGGAGAGGAGGUUGUGCUAAUCACAAAUCUAAUACAGGAUGCAAGUGCUGAAGUAACUCAGAUUGUCAGUUCCAGCUCCUUAUCACACUUUACCUUUCUUUCUUCCAUAGUCCUGGGCAUUAGCUAAACUGAAGCUAGUGAAUGGACUCCAUGAGCAACCCCCCUGGUAAGAAGAAAAAUGGCUGUUGUAGCAGGUUGGGUAAUAGAGAAGGAUAAGAUGCCUAUAAGUACAUUUUUUUCCUUCCAGUAUUGAGUAUCAAACCCAGGGUGUCUCAUAUACUCAGCAAGUACUUUAUCACUAUAGCUCCAACCCUCACUUUUUUUUUUAAAGACAGUUUCCCUAAGUUGCCCAUAAUGGCCCUGAAUUCACUAAGUAUUCCAGGCAAGCUUUGAAUUUGAUGACCCCCCCACACACACACAGUAAGUUCUAGUAACUGAGAUUUCAGCUUGCAUCAUUAGGCCCAGCUAUAACACUCUAAGAACUAUGCAUGAGAGUUUCCAGCACAGAGGCCAUAGUAAUAAAAAUGUGUUCCAAAUGGCCAAAGCCUGAAGACACUGCUCUUCAUAACUGUAUCAGCCUUACCUAUCCCCCAGUCCUCGGUUAACCUGCUCAGGGAUCACAGGGCCAACAGGUAUACACCCUAGCCCUGGAAGCACAUACUCUUGUAGAGAAGAUAGAGUCAACCCUAAAGCAGCAGUCGGGAAGGAAAGAAAACAGUUGAACUUUGGAAACCACAGGGAAAGGGACAGUUAAAAAUUACACCCUGUGUAUACUAGUUCAUUCCUGUGUGAUGUUUCAGCCAUCUUCCUUAGUGAUUAUGUCACAGGGAACAUUCUCUGACCUGUGACAUGAAUCCCUGGUUCCUUGACUCAACCUUUUGUUCCUCAAAGUGGUGGUGCUCGGGAGGAUGUCUUCUCAUGCUUAGGUUUCCAGGAGUUAACAGUGAAAAUAUGUGCUUUGGGGUGGAAGUUAGGGAAGUCUAUACCUUUGCAGCCUCUAGUGCGAAACCCCUUGCCUCUAACAUUGCUAGCUGGCACACUGGGACUCCAGUGAAGAGAUUGUGUUGGAGGUCUCCUCCACAUUGCUGGUCCGUUGGAUUCUUUUUCUGAUAAUAGUACAAGAAAAGUAAAAUAAAAUCUAAUUUACAUUUCUAUGAUAAAAUGUUCUCCCAGCAACAUCCCUCUCCCUUCUUUAAAUAGUAAAGAGUACAGCUGAGUCUGAGAGCCCCCACCAGCCCCUCCUUCCCCAAGGCAGCCAACAGCUGUAGUGCUCCAGUAUGCCAGAAGGGCCCAUGUCUCUGCUCAGCCCACAGGAGAGAGCUCCACACAGUGAGAAUAAAGUAUCUGAGACCUUAGGUUCAACCUCUGCCUUUUCCCACAACAGGACCUAAAUGCAGGACUACUCAGAAAAAAAAAUUGUUUUCAGAAAGAGCUUCAUACAUUUCCAAACCCAUAAACUAGCUGUUAUGGCCCUGGACGAGUUGAGGCUGUUCAGAAGUGGUUUUGUGUCAGUUUCCCCACUACGAGAGCCUUUUUGUGCAGAGCAUUAAAAAAUCACUGGUACCAAGUCUCCUGCGCUCAGGGACUAACUUGGAAGGAAAGAGUAAAGCCCAAGGAAAGCAAGUGUAGAACAAUUGCACUAGAAUCACCCCCUAGCCAUCCAGCCAGCUCUUGCCAUGUCAUCCUGCUUCCCUGCCAUUUCUCUGAGAGGGAAACUACAAGGAGCAAACUCCCACACUACAGCCAGUUUCUGAGACUGCUGUGCUCCCCCACCCCCACUUCCUAAUGUUCUUUUGUUUAUUGCUUUUAACAAAACAAAAUUAUAGUGAAUUCUAGGUCUUGCUAGCUUCCUUUCCUCCCCCUCCCUAUCCUGUUUUACACAGCACUGCUGUGUAAGAGGCUGUGUUUCUCAAAUGCAUGGCAUUCCUCAGGUGGCAGCAGCGGGUGGGCAAGAAUGUUCCUUUUUCAAAACUUACUGAGUACAAAAAUCCCAAAACAGGAUAUGUGUGUGUCUGUGUGUUUGUCUUAUUUUCUUCUCAUUAGACCCUCACCUAUUCCAGUCUGUCCCCUUUUAUACAUAAUGUAGAAAAGGCAAAACUGAUUCUGGAAAGCAAAUUGUUGUAUAUAGUUGCGGUAACAAUCAUGAAGAGAGCUGGGCUGUCCCCUCAGUAAUUCAUUUUAAAUAAGAAAUUGGUUGAAAAUUAAAUCCAUGCCUUUGGCCCACUGAAAUGGCCUUCCUCCAUCGCCACAGAGGCUACCUUUAUCUGGGUCCUCUGUCUAUCAGGCAUGUCUCCAUCCAGCAAAAUUCAUCUGUUCUCUGCCAUUUGCGUUUCAAUAAAGUUAUCUCCUGUAUUGUC